GUACCCACCAGUGUUCAAUCCAAUUCCCUAAUUUUUUUUAAUUCCUUCCCACGUUCCCUCCUUUUUCAUUUUAUACAACAAUAAGAGAAAAGGAACUACUUUUUCUAAAGCUCUCCACCCUCCCACUUUGCACCUUCGGAAUUCUCAUCAUACUUGUCACUCCCUCUCUCUUUCUGUAAACAAACAUACUCUCCCUCCCAAUCCAUCUCUCUCUACCCAGUGUUACUGCAAUUUGUUUCUCCAAUGGGGAAAAACCCAUUACAGCUUUUCCUCCAUCUUCCUCUAGCACUGAUCCUCUUGUCGUUUGCUUCAAUUUUUGAAGCCGGACAAAGCGGGAUUUUGUCCACGAAAACUGAUACUGAGGCUCUUCUUCUGUUCAAGAAGGCUGUAGAUAAGGAUCCGAAGGGAGUCUUGUCGAAAUGGCGACCCAAUAGGAAUCCCUGCAAUUGGUAUGGGGUUACAUGCAAUCUUGGAAGAGUAACUCAACUUGAUCUUAGCAACUGCAAUCUCAUUGGCACAAUCUCUUUCUCUGCUUUUGAUGCUCUUGACAUGUUAACUUCACUGAAUCUCUCUUCUAAUUCCUUUACUCUGAAUUCAACUUCUCUGCUUCAACUCCCAUAUGGGUUGAAACAGCUUGAACUGUCUUCAUCAGGUUUAGUAGGCCUUAUUCCAGAGAAUCUCUUCACCAAGUAUCCUAACCUUGUUUAUGUCGAUCUUUCUUUCAACAAUCUCACCGGUUUUCUGCCUCAAAAUCUUCUCUUGUAUUCGGAUAAACUAGAAAUCCUUGAUCUUUCUUUCAACAAUUUCACUGGAUCAAUUGCGAAUAUGAAUAUUCAGACCUGCAAUUCCUUGUCGCAACUUGAUAUGUCUGGAAACAAUAUUUUCGAUUCCCUUCCUUACUCCCUUUCAAACUGCACCAAUCUGAAAAGUGUCGAUUUCUCUUAUAACUUGUUCACCGGGAACAUCCCACAAUCUUUUGGAGAUCUCAAAAACCUACAAAGAUUGGAUCUUUCUCAUAACCAUCUCACCGGUUGGAUCCCUUCAGAGUGGGGUAAUACAUGUGACUCACUCUUAGAACUACAGCUCUCUUAUAACAAUCUGACCGGCGCAAUUCCAGACUCGUUUUCCUCAUGUUCUUGGCUACAGCUUCUUGAUUUGUCCAACAACAAUCUAACCGGUCCGUUUCCUGAUUCCAUACUUCAGAACUUUGGAUCGUUAGAGAACUUAAUAUUGAGCAAUAACAAAAUUUCUGGAUCCUUCCCUUCGUCCCUUCAAUAUUGCAAGAAAUUGCGAGUCGUGGAUUUUAGCUCCAAUCAGUUUUCUGGCAUUAUUUCACCUGAUCUGUGUCCCGGAGCUUCAUCUCUUGAGGACUUGAGGCUCCCUGACAACCUCAUUACAGGAAAUAUCCCAGCUGAAUUGUCGCUAUGUACACAACUAAAGACCAUUGAUUUCAGCUUAAACUACCUCAACGGAUCAAUUCCAGCUGAAAUCGGACAACUGGAGAAUCUUGAGCAGCUAAUGGCAUGGUACAAUGGGUUGGACGGGAAUAUACCAGCAGAGUUGGGAAAAUGCAAGAAUCUAAAGGAUCUAAUUCUCAACAAUAACCACCUGAGUGGAGAGAUCCCGGUUGAGUUGUUUAAUUGUGGUAACCUAGAAUGGAUAUCACUCACCAGCAACGGACUCACUGGCGAAAUUCCACAAGAAUUCGGUCAUUUGUCGAGGCUAGCUGUGCUUCAACUUGCAAAUAAUAGCUUGAGUGGUGAAAUCCCAAGAGAGCUUUCAAAUUGCAGCAGUUUAGUUUGGCUAGACUUGAACAGCAAUCAGCUCACAGGAGAAAUACCACCUAAUCUUGGAAGGCAGCCUGGAUCAAGGGCAUUGGGUGGGAUUCUCUCAGGCAACACUUUGGUUUUUGUUAGGAACGUGGGAAAUUCAUGUAAAGGAGUAGGAGGGUUACUGGAAUUCGCUGGAAUCCGACCGGAAAGGCUUUUACAAGUUCCGAGUUUGAAAAGUUGCGAUUUCACAAGGAUGUAUUCUGGUGCUGUCCUAAGCUUAUUCACCCAGUACCAGACUCUAGAGUACCUUGAUCUUUCUUACAACGAGCUUCGUGGGAAAAUCCCCGAUGAAUUUGGGGAUAUGGUGGCUUUACAAGUUCUAGUGUUAUCCCAUAACCACUUAUCUGGGGAGAUUCCCUCCUCACUUGGCCAGUUAAAGAAUCUUGGCGUGUUCGAUGCAUCAUAUAACAGGUUGCAAGGGCACAUCCCAGACUCCUUCUCAAAUCUAUCUUUCUUGGUGCAGAUUGAUCUAUCCAACAAUGAAUUAACAGGAGAAAUUCCACCAAGGGGGCAACUUAGUACACUUCCCGCAAGCCAGUAUGCAAACAAUCCAGGACUUUGUGGGGUCCCAUUGGCUGAAUGCCAGAGUGUAAACAACCAACCGGCUACUAAUCCAAGUGGGGAUGGUGGCAAAGAGAAGGGAAAAGCGCGAGCUGCAUCAUGGGCUAAUAGCAUUGUUUUGGGGCUUCUCAUUUCUAUUGCCUCUGUCUGCAUUUUGAUUGUGUGGGCAAUUGCAAUGCGCGCGCGACGGAGAGAAGCUGUGGAACUAAACAUGCUUAAGAGCUUGCAAGCAUCCCAUGCAGCCACAACAUGGAAGAUCGACAAAGAGAAAGAGCCUUUGAGCAUCAACGUGGCGACUUUCCAACGAAACCUUCGUAAACUGAAAUUCUCACAACUCAUUGAGGCGACAAAUGGGUUCUCAGCGGCGAGCCUAAUUGGGUGUGGAGGGUUUGGAGAAGUGUUCAGGGCGACACUGAAAGACGGGUCAAGCGUAGCAAUCAAGAAGCUCAUACGGUUGAGUUGCCAAGGUGACAGAGAAUUCAUGGCCGAAAUGGAAACUUUGGGGAAAAUCAACCAUAGGAAUCUUGUGCCUCUGUUGGGUUACUGUAAAAUCGGCGAGGAGAGGCUUCUGGUGUACGAAUUCAUGGAAUUCGGAAGCCUAGAAGAAAUGCUUCACGGUAGAACAAAGACAAGAGAUAGAAGGAUUUUGACGUGGGAGGAGAGGAAGAAAAUCGCAAGAGGUGCAGCAAAAGGGCUUUGUUUCCUACACCACAAUUGUAUUCCUCACAUCAUACACAGAGACAUGAAGUCAAGCAAUGUGUUGCUUGACCAUGAAAUGGAAGCUAGGGUUUCUGACUUUGGAAUGGCCAGGCUCAUAAGUGCACUUGACACUCAUCUAAGUGUAAGCACGUUGGCAGGGACACCGGGGUAUGUUCCGCCGGAGUACUAUCAAAGCUUCCGGUGCACUGCAAAGGGCGAUGUUUAUUCGUUCGGUGUUGUACUCUUGGAACUCUUGACAGGGAAAAGGCCAACCGAUAAGGACGACUUUGGGGACACAAACUUGGUCGGGUGGGUGAAAAUGAAGGUGAGGGAAGGGAAAGGGAUGGAAGUGAUUGACCCGGAGUUGCUUUCGGUGACUAAAGGAACCGAUGAAGCUGAAGCAGAGGAAGUGAAGGAGAUGGUGAGGUAUUUGGAGAUAAACCUACAGUGUGUUGAUGAUUUCCCAUCAAAGAGGCCUAAUAUGUUGCAAGUGGUUGCCAUGUUGAGAGAACUUAUGCCAGGGACUGGUAACGGAAGCAACAGCGGUUGAACCCCGGAGUGUUAUUGUUUAUUGAUUUUGUUUAUUGUAAAAGGAUGUGGGUUUGUAAGAUUUCUUGUUGCUUAUUAAGCUUCUAAUAGCUGUUUGUAAUUACUUUCUCCCCUCUUCUUUCUUCCGAUUGCAAUGGCUAUUACCUGACCCUGAAUGAGCA